UAGGACCUUCCAGUAUCACCAUAAAACCCUAUCACCGCCAACCAUCAAUCUUUCAGUGUAUAAAAAUAGACCCGCACCUUCUCAAUUAACCGCAAGUCGCUACAUCCGGGUUUCUAUACUUCUCGAGGGAUAAUAAGCCAGCGGUAUUAGCAUUUCAACUUGUGCUUUCCUUCUAUGAGUUAACAUAAGUCGGACUCACUAAUCAUCUAGCAUAAAGCACGACUUGCUAUUCUAUACCUUACAUCAUCUUUUACCUAAUAGAAGUCAACAUGACGGGCAUUCUAAACGAUGCUGCCUUGUCCGCAAUAGAAGACAUUAUCAAGGAGCAACUAGAAUCAAAGCUCUUAAAUCUCGCCCCCGAUCAAAUAAUUGAAACCCUACUACGAAGGCAAGACAGCGAGGAUAUUCGCCAUAAAAUACUCAGCCAGCUAGAUAAAGACAGCUUAAUGGAUAUGAUUGACGCGAGGGAGGACUCUAACACUAUCUAUGUGGAUAUAUUGAAGAGGAUCCUAUCCAAGGUACCCACGUCGAGCCAUACAUGUAUUAAGAAGGAGCAUUCCGGAAAUGACACUUCAAUUAGCGAAGCGAAUCCCCCGGAAGCCAACGUCGAAGCGGUCCAAACAUCGUCACCUAAUACCGAUAUACCGGCUGAACCUACGGACCACAUUUCUGCGGCUGAUGAGAACGGCGAUAGUAAUAUCUAUGACUACACCUCAUGUGGCUUGGCGUUCGAGCCCCAAAUACCUCACCUAGACGCGUGGAUCCCGAUGUUCAUGAGCGAGGACGAAUUUUACCGCAGUGGACCAAGUGUCGAAGAAAUUCGGUCAACAGUAGAUAUGGGAGGGAUAUCCGAUCGCCUCUUCGUAUUCAUCAAGCUAUUAAACCCACCUUAUCUAUGCUGUCGUGCUGAGAAAUAUCUAUAUUGGGCAGGAUCGAAUCGCACGUAUGUCCUCCCUAAAUUAGACACUCUGCCAGACAUAGUGAAGGCGUGGAAUAAAGGAACCAACCCACGAAUAAGCCAUAUAGCUAAGGCCUUUAUAGCUGUCAAGUGCUACAAGAAGUCUAUGGAAGUGGCGAAUGCUACUUUUCAUGAGUCCCAGUCUUCGGCUGGCUCUUUAGCUGAGUCUUCGACUGAUUUAGAAUCUAGUGAGGAGGACACCCCCCAAUAUAUAAUCUCGCAGCUCCUUCAGGCAGAGCCUAAGAAAGUACAUGUCGAUGGACAAAAAUGGCCAAAUAUAAUCGAGUAUGGGAAGAGACUUUCAUCUCUCUCGGAAGAUUUCGGAGGGCUGCCAUUUCUCUGUCUAUUCCCAUUAGCAGAGCUCGAUUGGCACAUGAGCUAUGCGUCACUGGUCGAUAGUCACGCCAUUCGGCACGUCUGGGAGCCCCUGAGAAGCCUCAUGAAACAAACUGGGUUGGGCCAGUUCUUCCGUUCAUUAUCGUACGCAGUUGGCGACAUACUGCAUCGCAAAUUACUAGGAGAAGAUACUUCAUCUCUUGAUUUCAGGGACCGGUUAGCGUCAGUCUUUGAUGAAUAUUCUUUAAAAGGAAUACUUUCGUGUUCUCCACGGCCGAAUGAACUGCCCUCGUCCAUUGCACCGGGUUUAACACCGCUAGUUUAUUGCGGACGGGUGACAAGCCUUGCCCAGUUAAACUCAGAGUCAUCACUCUCGCCAAGCUCAUUGCUUGGACUUGUCGACGGGGUGCUAAGUGAGGAUAUAAUUCGGCACUUGAUACAGCAGAGACUGCCAAACGACUGGACUAUCCUAGGACGAAGCGAGAUGUCGAAAGUCGCAAGUGAGGACUUAUUACUGCACAGCUUCCGAGGAAUUCUCAUUCCCUUAUGUAUAGACGAUGGGUGGGCUCUUAUCUGCUAUAUCAACCCAAAGCGUACUAAGGUUGCCGAUCCCAUUACCAUUAUCAAUCCCACAACCAGCGAUUAUAGAUUCCAAGUAGUUCUGAGUUUACUUUCGAAAUGGAUCCCAGAGCAAGAAGAUUGGAUUCCUAAGGACAUCACGACACAAUACGUCAAGAACGUUAAAUGCCAAGCAGCGUGCGAGAGAGAUAGCGGAGUACAUACUGUGCUCAAUGCAGUAGCUAUGGCGAAUUCAGGGGUUCCAGAGACUCGACUACUGGAUAGGAAAGUGUGUAGGGCACUCUGUAUGAGAUAUUUUAUUACCACGCUGAACGAACUGCAGCAAGCGGUUUCAAAAGCAGCUAGAAAGCGUGCUAUGGAGGGCAAAGUUUAGAUCAUGGUUGAUAGUAGAAGAUAUCCUUCAGAUCUACGCUGGGUUGAUCGCGAUAGCGCGUUUUCUACCUAUCUAAUAUGAUCUCGAAUGUUUUCUCCUACUGAUGAGCUUAAAAUAGUAAAGCAGUAGCGCCGGUGUUUUAAAGGGGGUGGUUGGGUUAACUCACAAGGCUCUAGCCCUCUAAUAUAUAUAUUUCUCCUAUUCCCAUUUAUCGCAAAGCAUGUCAUUUCUGUUAGUGCUUCCGAGAAUAUACUAUACAGUAACAUAAUCGAGGAGAC